AUGUGGGCCAGGACGAUCCUCCGGUUCUGUAGUAGCAAGCAGCCGGGCGCGGUGGCGCCUGCCGCCGUCGGCUCGUCGUGGAUGACGGCUGCUGCGUGGGCCAGCUUAGGCAGUGAGUUCGCUGGCGUGAGCGAGGAGAAGUUCCUCCGGCCGAGCCCUGACGGGUUCUUGACGCCGCGUGCCACGACGGACGUGGUUGCGGCGGAGCAGCUGCUGGAGUCGAUGGUCGCGGAGAACGCGCAGCGGUACGAGGGCAUUGACGUGCGCGACCCCUCCUCGAUGGCGGUGUACGAGGGGGAGCGGCCGCGGUGGAUGACGCUGGGCAGCCAGGUGCGUGCCGUCUCCGAGUUCAUCUCUGGGCACUUGUGCCACCACAUCUCCCUCCCCGAGUGGAGGGCGCUCUUUGACCUGCAGUACGCCGAGAUGGACCUGACCUACUGGCUCUACGUGCUGCAUGUCCACAUGGUGAGCCGACGUGCCACCAGCAUUCCCAUUGAAAGCUUUAACCGCCGCCGCGAGGUGCUGGAGGAGGUGCUGCUCACCAUGUUUGAGAGCUGGGCCUCGACCUCGGAGGACGUCAUGGGCCGCCCCCCGCUAAACAAAAUUCGUUUUUACAUCAAAGACAUGUACUACGUCACGGCGGUGAACUUUGAGGAGGCCCUCCUGCACGACGGCGCAGGCGCUGACCUGAUGCUUUUAGGAUUUUUAAUGAAGUUUUGUCCGCUGCCGCGGCCAGAGGACGUGCCGCUCUACACGUACUACUCGCUGGUGCACUACGUCCGCUUUCACACCGCCCUGCUCGACCGCAUCCCCGACGAGCUCAUCGCGAAGGGGAACUUCAACUUUCUGUCGCCCACGGACCCCCGCAUCUUUGAGCGCUACGACGACGUCGCGCUUGACCGCGUCAUCCGCUCGUGGGUCGCAGACGGCGCGGGCGAGCCCGGCGAGGGGCCCGAGGCGAACUGA